AUGUUCACGACCAAGACAGAAGACGCUGAAUACAACCGUCUCCCAGAAGGGGAUGAUUCCGACUCCGCGGAGACUGGGACAUCACAGACAAACAAACGCCUGCAUCGCCUAGAACAGUCACUGAGAGCAUCCUCUGUUAUCCAUGCCGCAGUUCUCUUGGUAGAGGUAGCUCUGUGUGCCCUCCUCGUAUCGGGCUUCAUUGCACUGCAUCAGGCAAAACGGGCACUACGACAAGAGACUUCUCUUGACGGCUUGUCGCUGCUUGCCUCAUACAAUACUUCCGCAAAGUUUCAGAAUGGCUCCCAUCACAUGGCUGAUACUCUCGAUGCCAAUGAAUACUGGAGAGACCUUCUAGGCUCCGGAGGCGUCAUAUCGCUGGACACGGAAUGGGCCCGAAGUCAAGGAUUGAGGCCAUCGGCGCAGUCCCCAACAGAUUCUUCCCAGAGCAUUUACCAAGUGGACGUUUUCCACGCUCUUCACUGCUUAAAUUCAAUCCGCCAAAACCUCAUGUCCAAAACGCCUCCUCCGUGGGAUGAGACUCACAUGCUCCACUGCCUCGACUACGUUCGGUCUCAGUUACUUUGUCAUCCCGACUUGACACUUGUCACUACGGAUGACUUGGAGGAGUUUGUGCUGGACGAAGUACAUACAUGCCGUGACUACGGCGCAGUGGUCGAGUGGGUGCAUAGACAUCGUUGGGUGGAGUUUCCGGAAUGGCUGAGGACGAAGAGCGAAAUGAAUGGUGGCCACGAGGCGAUACACAACCACACAAUGGUAUAA